GAGGGGGAGAUGAAGAGCAGAGAGCGAGUGUUGCUCGGGGCCAGGUCUGUACAUACCUUUAACUAUCACCUGGAGCGUGGAAUAAAGCUUCCUGUCGCCUUGUGGGUAAGGCAUGUCAAGGAUGUAAUGUUUGUUCUUCAUCAAAUUGUAUCCUGAAGACCCUGAUCCUGGGGCUGAGGAUGUCUGGUGGAGUAGUGGGAAGUGAGCCUCAUUCUGUGUUCAAGAAGAAGCAAGUGGUUAGAGCACUGAGGCUAGGGCAGGAGCUCUGACUGGAACCACACAGUAACUGAGAGCUGUCAACCUACUAGCAUCGGAAGGAAGCAACAGAGGGUCUGGGGCGGCAGCUCAGUUUGAGAGGAUUGCAAUCUUUUUCCACCACCAACCCCACCACAUCCCCCUCGAUGGAACCUUGAUGCUGAAUUUCAAAAUGCAAUGAGAAGUGACUGAAACAUCCCAACCCUGUCUGCUUGAUGACUCUCGCCAAUUGACUGAACAAAAUCCUCAGCAAACAAAGCCUUGUGGACAUACAGGAAGAGUUGAUCUGAGUGCGCAAUGUCGUUGAGGAGAACAGACGGGGCAUCCAUUAUUCAAGCCCUGGCGAUGACUGUGGCUGAGAUUCCGGUAUUCCUGUACUCUACGUUCGGGCAGUCCAUCUUCUCACAACUGAAGCUGUCUCCGGGUCUGAAGAAGGUGCUGUUUGCAACAGCUUUGGGCACAGUAGCCUUGGCCCUUACUGCACACCAGUUGAAGAGGAGAGGACGGAGGAAAAAGCAAGAUGCAGAGAAACACAAGGUGUUACAGCUCCCUGCACUGGGCAAGCUUCCAUCCUUAAAGAGAGCAACCCCACCCAGAAGAGUGCAGAGCCCAGGGAGUAAGAGCAAUGAUACUCUCAGUGCAGUCUCCUCCAGUGUGCUCAGCAGGCGAUCCAGCUCGUCCCAAAGUCUAACAUCGGUGCGACCAGCGAACUCGCCAAGUCCAGCAGGUCUGCCAACUGAAACUUGGGAAGCAGGAGCUGUUCAGGAAGAGAAUGAAGCAACAGAGGAUUCCAAUGCUGAGAACCUAUACAUUAUUGGGAUGGAGCUGUUUGAAGAAGCUUUGCAAAAGUGGGAACUUGCCCUUACCAAACGGAAGAGGAGUAGUUCGGAGACAGAAAGAAAGAAUUGUCUGAUGAACCUGGGAGCGAGUGGCGCACUUGGGGACGGCUGUGAGGCACCAAGAAACAAGGAGUUUUCACAGAAGCUGGAAGCCCUCCUGAAUCGAGCAUACCGGCUACAGGAAGAGUUUGGGGAAACAGUACCUUCUAAUAGUGUACUAGCUGAUUUUGAGUGUGUUGGGGCUCUGGCCCUUCCAUAUGCAGAGGAUUCUGGACGAUAUUAUCUUGAUGAUGAUGUCAGUGUGACGUCUGAAGAUUCAUUCUUUUCAGCAGCAGAGCUAUUUGAUUCUUUAUCAUUCGAUGAGGAGAGAUUUCAGUCGUCCAGAUCAUCUGCUUUAUAUGAAGAAGCCAUGAGGAUUGUUCAAGAUGACCAGGUCGCCUGCCGAUCAUUCAGAACGGAGCUCCUGGAAUGCUACAGCGAUGAGGAUUUCCUGGCGAAGCUACACUGUGUGCGUCAGGCAUUUGAGGUAGUGCUGCAGGAUGAAGCAAACCGGCUAUAUUUCAGUGAAAUUGGGAAGCAGAUGAUUACAGGACUGAUGUCCACUGCAGGAAAGAAUGUAAAUAGAUUCCAUGAGACCUACCACGAAAUGCUGCAGUAUGCAGCAAGGGAAGAAACCUGGGCGAUGACCAAGAGAGAGCUGGAGGGGCGAGGGGUUGUGAGCAUGAGCUUUUUUGAUAUUGUAUUGGAUUUCAUUCUGAUGGAUGCCUUUGAAGACUUGGAAAAUCCUCCUUCAUCUGUGGUUGCUGUUUUACGGAACCGCUGGCUCUCAGAUAGUUUUAAGGAGACGGCCCUUGCCACAGCUUGUUGGUCAGUGUUAAAAGCAAAAAGGCGACUGCUGCAGGUCCCUGAUGGGUUCAUUUCCCACUUUUACUCCAUCUCGGAGCAUGUAAGUCCUGUCCUUGCCUGGGGCUUUCUCGGACCAAAACAACACCUCUGUGAAGUUUGCACUAUAUUUAAGCAACAAAUACUUCAGUAUUUGAAGGACAUGUUUGAUUUGGACAAAGUGCGAUACACUACAGUGAAUUCACUGGCGGACGACAUUGUACAAUUAUCACGCAGACGCAGUGAGAUUCUCCUUGGCUACCUGGGCGUUGAUGCAAUAACAGAAAUGAAUGGGACGUUACCCACUGACAAUGGACCUUUGGAAGAGGCCAGUCUUGUAUGAAACUUGGACACACAGGUUUUUUUAUUUAAAAUAAAAAAGCGAUUAAUUUUUGCAAGAAACAAAUAACUUGGCACUAAGAAUCAGUGACCUGUAUCUGAUUCCUGGAUGAUUUCCCAUCUUCCCCCAUUUCCCACCUCUGUUUUGAGGAGAUUAUUAAGAAUCUUGAUCAGAAUACUCCCUAUACAUUACAAUUGUCUCUUUCUGUUGAAUAUCAGCACUUUGAUAUAUCAUUGGUUGGGGACAGGAAGAAUGAAGCAUUAUUCUUGUGAAUCUAGUCCAUUGCGGAGAUGUUCGCUGAUGGAGAUGUGCGUUCUUGAGAGCAAAUUCUGAGGCUUGCAGGAUUAGGAGUACACUUCCCUCCAGAUUGUGUUUAAUUUGGGGGUGUGUGGCAUAGUAUCAGCCUUGCUCUUUAAGCUUGGGUGGAACAGUGCCUCUCUGUGGUGUGGUUGAUUUACUGCACUGCCUGGUCUGUUACUGAACUGUAUGGAUUGUGAAAUGUGAGUUGCGAGUGGCAGAUAUCCAGGAUUGUAAACUGAAACACGACAGUUGGCCUUAACAUCUCCUGCCUUAGGAGGAAAAUGCUGAUCCUCAGUUUGUGCCUGCUAUUUCUCUUUGCCCAGCACAUUACUGUCGGGUUAUACCGUGGGGAAGUACAUGAGCACUCAUUUCUUGAUAGCCGCUGUACAAAGAAAAUGGCUAAAUGUUUGAAAUUUCAAAGCACUUAUUUUUUAAGUACUAACUUGGAGUCGAAAAAAACAGGCAACUAGUUUUGUUUCAUUUUUUUCUUUUUGAAAAAGACUGAUUUUAAUGUCAGUCUUGUCAAUGAUUGCAUUGUAACCUGUGCCACCAUCCACCACCUUAGCUGGCAACACUAUAGGGCACAGUUGGGGUCAGGGCAAAGAUAACUGAAUCACGGAACAUGUUGCUUUCUCUGUAAUCCUACACCCUGCACUCUCUGGAACAGGAGGGUAAUAAUCAUCAGGGUAUUAAGAAAAAGCUGCAAAUAGUGACCCCACUAUCCCAACCAGAAUUGGUUAAAUCCCCUGUUGGUCACACAUAGAGACCAUACUGCUGCAAGUGACUAGGAUUGUUGUGACUCUUAAUUACUAUUCUGUAUUUACUCACCACACACUGUAUUUUGCUGGAGAAAUAAUCUUGUUUCUCAUAUUUUUCCAUUUUACCAUUCAUGAGAAAGGGUGAAUUGCUCACUUCUGCCCUCUGUUCCCCUAAGGCUGUCUGGGUAUACAGCAUGCUGGAAUGUACUGCAAGGACAUAAGCCAGUUUUGCCCCCUCGGAUGCACACGGUCUUACAAUGCAAUAAAUAGGCAGCACAAACAAAAAUAUGAGCGAUCAUUGCUUCCAGCCCGAAGAUCCUCUGACGUGGAAUCUUUGUCCCUAAAUUGAUACACCACCUGAAAAACCUUGGGGGCAAAACAAACUCGUGGACUAUCUUGUAAUUAAAUUGUUUCUCUUUAGAUCUUGAGUUCCUUUUGAAAUUGUUAAUAUGUAAUAAUUUUAAUUUUGAAGAAUGGACUAAACGUAGUUCAGGAAAUCUCCUGAAAGUUUCCUUGUGGGCUCAAAGUCUAAAUCAAAGUUUUAAGUGAGUUUGCACUGCUUUUUUUAAAAAAAAAAUUACAUUCAAUUACAUUUUCUCCCCCCACUUUUGUAUUGUCUCAAUGUAUGCCUCAUGCUGUGAUGGGAGUGGUUUUUGAUUAAUCAAAUCUCUCAUUCUUGUCCCUUUUCUCCCUCUGCCAGUUCAGGUGCACAUUAUCACCAAUGAGACAUGGUCCUUGGUGUCAAACAUUUCAUAGCCCAAAUAAUGCUGUGUGAGAGGUGGAGGGGGUGAGAGGAGGGUUCUCAAUGUGCGUCAGGAUUGUUUAAAAGACCAGGUGUCUUAUUACUCAGGUUUGUAUAAUUAUAUUACUUCUAAACCCUCCAAAUGAAGAGGCCUGAUGCACUUGUUAACAAUGGUUUAUGAUCAAUAGAUGCCAACCUGAAACAGGUCUUUUGUCUAUUUGAACUGUUGUCUCAGAGAGACUUGGAACAAAUCUGUUUAUGGUGAACAGCAUCAGCAACAGAAAGUCUGUUUCUGCCUUUUGGAGCAAUUAGGAUCGUGCUACACCGACACUUACAGAAGGUGAGACAACUCACUAAAGAUGGACAGGUCUGUGUGUGCUUUUAAAAGGAAAGGCUCAGUGUCAAGUUUUGUGAUUUUUCUGUUUUGAGCUUUGGAAUUUCAGACCAAACCCUGUCCCCGAUACAAUCAGUUCCUUGGAUAAUUACUGAUUAUUGUUCUUGCAAACUGAAUUUAACUGUCUGGUUUAUUGUUUCCAACAAUGUGUCAUGGAGGCUCCUUAUAAAUUAGCCACUGUAUGUUUUCCAGAAUGACAUCCUGUUGAUUAUUAAAGGAUUUAUAAUAGGACUACUGAAUGUAUUAAGAUAUUAAAGAGAAUAGAAUUUUUAAGCAGUGAUUUCUAUUGUGUUGAAAUUUGUAACUGUUUCUUCUUGAGUUGUCAUUGAGGCUUAUGGGAAAAUAGUGGAGGUCUGGUCAUGUAUUUGUGACAUGCUGUUCAGGAAACAAAGUGGUUGGUAGUUUGGACAAAAUACACUAAGGGCAGGAGUCAUUAUCUAGAGGAGAGUCCCGUUAGUGUUAAAUGGGUUAAAGAAAUUACAAAAUGCAAUCGCUUUUAAAUAGAAGCUAUCUGCUUGAGGGCUUGGGUAUAAUAGUGAUCUUAUUGGCUGUAUUCUCCAUCAGUUCCUGGGUUAGGAACCCAGCUCUGACCAGAUGAAAUUUCAUUUUGGUAGGUGUGAGGUUUCUGGAUGUGAUAGAGAUCCAGGCUACCCCAAACCUAAUACAUGAGGGUUCAUCUUCCUGCAAAGGAGACUGGAGUGGGACUAGUGUAGUCAGGAGUUCUGUGUUGCAGCUGGGCAUUGAAGUACAUGGCAAGUGAAGCGAGCCUUUUUAGACUCUGCAUCUUAAUGGAAGGUAUACUUGACACGGGAGUACUUGACAGGACAAGAUGGAGUUGAGAGUGUGGCGGAUUCCUGAUGAAGGGCUUAUGCCUGAAACAUCCAUUCUCCCGCUGCUCAGAUGCUGCCUGACUGGCUGUGCUUUUCCAGCACCACACUCUCGACUCUGAUCUCCAGCAUCUGCAGUCCUCACUUUCUCCAAGGACAAGAUGGAAGAGAGGCACUUUGAAUCCAAGUCUAUGUGGGUUCACCAAUUAUGAGCUAGCUUAGAAACUGUACUGUCAACAACAAAGCUUUCUUUUUGAUAAUGUGCCAGGAAAUUGUCAUGUUCAAUAAAAGUCCAAUUGCCUUUUUUUUAAACAAAGUAGAGCAAAUUUGGCUACAUAGAAAUCCGAUUUGCUAACACUCUUUUAUUUUGUUAAAGAAAUCUUGCGCCAAGUUGAACAAAAUUCAAACUCUACCACCUCUAAUCUCGGCCUAGACCAGAGUUUGCUGACUUUGUAAAAUUGUAACUGUUUUAAAGGAAGGAUAUAUAUCUCUACAGCAGAUUUCGUGACCUCAGAAAUCCCAAAAUGUUUCAGUGAUUGAGCACGUGUUAGAGUGGUCACUGUGUAAAAUAGAAAGUAUUGGAGUCGUUUUACACACAGCUAAAUCUCACAAGCGGGACAAUGAUGGAAUAAUCUUUUCUGCAUGAUAGUCGAUUGAGGACAAAAUAUUGGCCCUAGCACCUGCUGCCAUUCAGAAUAGUGCCAGGAAGGCCAACCAUCUAAAUAGAUAAUAGGAGGCUCUGGCUUAAUGGUUCAGUUAACCUAAAGUAUCUGCAACAGUGCUCAGCCCUCAGUGAUCUAUGGGGAGUGUGAGCCUAGAAUUUGAUCCUGAAUCUCUGCAGUGGAAAACUAAUUCAUUCUAACAGUUACCGAAGGUCAUAGAGCUUCCCGUUGCUGAUUCACUGAGAAUGUGCUUUUUGGCAAUGAUUCAUAGGUAAUAUGGCCACUGCUCCCCAAGCCUCCUUCAUUGCCUGUGUAUCUUGCUGUUCCCUACAUCUGUGGGCUUACCUUUAUGACUCGGCUAGAUGUGAGCUGGGAUCAUUCUUGUCAUUCAAUGUAAUUCUAUUCCUACCAAGUUGGAGAAAGCAAUGGAAGUCCAUUUAGAAACCGCUCUCUCUCUCAGUAGCAAAACCAUCAGACCUCUGGUUUCUGCCCCACUUUCUCUAAAGAGCAACUACUUGUGAUUUAAGAUCGCGAGGUAAUGUGGGUAAAGGUGCCCAUUAUUCAACCAAAUGUAGGAGCAAAUUACUGCAGAUGCUGGAAUCUGUACUGAAAACGACAAAUGUUGAAAAUCCCAGCGGUCAGACCGUAUCUAUGGGGAGAGCAAGCUAACGUUUUGAGUCUACAUCAGAGUGUACCCUGCGAGGCCAGCGUGAUUUCUCAAAUCUUUCUCAUAUUUUAGCAUCAAAAUCUUUCCUGGGGUGAAAUUUCCCAUUGCUGACACUUCUUUGCAGGAAAAGCUUGCUUUUAAUCUGUGUCCUAUUCCUACCAUUGAAUUUAAAAUAAUAUCUAGAUUUAACCUUUUCCAUACUAUUUAAUAUUGUCUAUUUGUAGGCUAGCUUCCUUUUCAGGCUGAAAAGUCUUUGUCACUUAAUUCCUUUUCUCUUGUCCAAAUUCUGGAGAAUAUUUAAUUCUUACCUUGCUGUCCAUGACUAGAGCAGAAUGCUGCCUAUGCACUGUGACCUGAUCAUAGCUCUGUAUAACUUGAUCACAACAUCCUUUGCUUUGCAUUCAUGGUUGUUUUCGGUGACUUUAAAUUUAAUGUUCUCUUGGUUUUGAUUGCUGUCCUGUUUUCGUUUGAUGUCUCUAGCAGUGACUUUUAUUGUUUACAAAGCUAGCAAGACAUUGUUGGAUUUUGUUCUGUUAAUUCCAAUAUAUUAAGUUUUACUUGAGAGAAUUGAAAUGUGAAUCAGGUUUGGAAAAGAUGUGUUUACAUUAGUUAUUGAUUGAGCUAUGUCAACCCAAGUGAGGGCUAUUAAUCAGCCGGGAGUUUGUUUGCAUGUUGUUGUAGUUAAAGAACCUCGUUGAUCCACAUAGUGCACCCGCAGACACCAUUCUUCCAAGCUCUGUGCUUACAGAAGUAUGAAUUUUAUUAAUCUUUCCUGUAGCUCUUUCUGAAAGCCCAGUGUACCAAUUAUUUCUGAUGCAGGCUAAUGUGUAAGAGAAUUAGGCACUUACUUAACACUCACUGUGCGUGUCACCCUCGUGUCGGAAUGGAGCUCGUUGGGUUUCACAACAGAGAUAUGUUUUGUAAACUAUACCUCAUGAAAUACAACCUGCAAGUUUGGAGCCAAUUUAGGAGAACUGUAAAUGUUGGUGGUGAGAGUAGAAGUGAUGAGAGUGUGGUGUCCAGGGUGAGUGAAGGAGAGGAACAUUAAAUAGAGGAGGAAAGAAUAAAGUUUUGUCAUGUUUGUACACCUUUUAAAUGAGCAUAGGAGAUGGCCUGGAGCAAGUUACUUGCCUGACCCCAGUUUGUGGGGAGGUAAGUUUUGGAACAUGGUUAGUACUUACAGAAGGAGGACGACAAAGAAGUCUAAGUGGCAAUCUGAUGAUGUGGAUGCAUUAGGCCCAAUUUCUAAUUUUCUGUACACAUGCCUGGUUUCCCUCCAAUCAAAUCGCUAUUUUAAUUCUUGUAAAAUAUGUCACCAGUUGAGUACUGCAAGGUGCUGAAGGCGUAAGUAAAUGGUUUGACUUGUACGUUGUCUGAAGAUGCAGCUGAAACAGCAACAGCAACUAAACUGGACUUAAAAGAACUCACUGGACAAGUAACUGAUAGCAAAGCAAGUGCUGUAGUAUAGACUAAAACAAUUACCAUGUGUUGCUGGUUAAAGCACAGCCGGUCAGGCAGCAUCCAAGGAACAGGAAA